CUGGACAUUACCUGGCAUCUCAGGGCCAGCUCCGACUUGCGCUUCCAGCUCGCGCAUUCCAAGUCUAAGCGACUCAGCACUUGAUCAGAGAGUGACCACUGACCGAGCUCAGAAUCCUGUAGGAUUGCCAUGAUUCGCUGGCUGAUUACCCAAGAAGGAUGGAGACAGCUUCAGCUGGAGGACAGCUCGUCUAGCUACACAACAAAGCAACGACUCCAAUCGCCCUCAUCCAACCACUCUUCCUUCAAACAGCCGUGCAGGGGAUGAAAAUCUGCUUUCUUAACAGUCCUUUCAACAGCAGCUACGACAGGGGCUCACUAGCUCUUCUCAUGAUCCAGCGUGUCACCGUAGUUCUCUUCUAGCUUGCUUCAUCUGUCUGUCUUCUUGGUACUCUUUGCCCUGCUGAUUCCAGCUGACUCUUUCCAGGGGGGGCCAUGGCGGUGUGCCCGUACCCCCUGGUGCACGGGAAGUGCCCCCCGGAGCCAGACACGUUCUUUGCCUUUGGCUAUUCGGGGGUGUACACGUUUGCAGCAGUUAUUGGGACCUUGACGUCCUAUGCCAUCUAUGUCUGGAUCAAGCGGGUCAAGAGCCGGAAGGGGAAGAUGAGCGGUGUCCACGCGGGGGGGUUCAGAUUUGCAGCCGCCCAGGGAAAUGUCCCCGCUAUGAUCUACAUCAAGAACAACGCGCCCCACUUCGAUGUCAACACUGCAUUGCAUGGUUGGACUGCCCUCCACGCUGCUGCAAUCCAGGGCCACGCCCACGUCAUCACGUGGCUCGUCAACAACGGCGCUGACAUCAACGUCAUCAAAACGGACGACUGGAACGAUUCGUUGCUGCACUAUGCCGCCGCAAACGGACACCAAGAGUGCGUCGAAACGCUGCUUUCCGUAGGGGCGGAUCCGACUGCGACCAAUUUCGAGGGGGCGACCCCCGCGGAUCUCGCCAGAAAGGGGGGUUACGGUGACCUGGCAAAGAUACUGAUCGAAGCGGCGUCGGACUGGAUUCGGCGCGAGUCGUUCCGCAUGACCGCACUACAACUGAAGGAGGACGCAGAGAUGCACAACGACGGUCUGGGCAGCUCCUUCCGGCGCGAGGUGGCGCAGCUCGACCGGAUCCUGAACGAGGCCGCUGGGCCACCCCCAGAAGGCGAAAACAACGACCGCCUGAGCACUAUCGACGAGAGCGGCAGCAGUUUUGGCACGGGGCCGCACAGCGAAAACAGCGGCCCGCACAGCGGCCCGAUUAGCGGUUCAUCCGUUUCGGGGGGGUCGUCCCCCGACUCGCGGCCGCUCUCGGCGGCGUCCCCCCCGAACGAGCUGGAGAUGGCGAGCCUGGCGCGGGAGUACAACCUGAAGCCCGCCAGCCAGGUGCAGCUAACCGUCGCGGUUAAAACGCACCCGGAGCCCAAACCCGAGGAGGUUAAGAAGGCGGACACCCCGAAAGACGUGGACAAGGACGUUCCGGAGGACUCGUGGAUCAUCGCGAACCGGAAAGAGCCAGAGGGGUGGUCUUCCAUGCGGAAGGAACACACACCGGAAGACGAGAGGACCUUCAAAGAGUAUAUUAACCGCGGGUGGGAGGGGUUGGGAACUGAGGGAACACAACUGCGCAGCGGUUGGCCGCUGUUCCGCGCAUCGGCGAUCGUGUGCCAGUCGCUGGGGGUGAUCUACAUUGUGUGGCGCGCGAUCCGCACGUUCAACAUCGAGUCGCUGUGGCUCAGCGUGCCGUUCUACAUGGCCGAGCUGGUGUCGUUUAUCCCGUCUUUCAUCUUUUGCCUCGAGGUCUGGUGCCCCGCAUACCGCCCCCCCCGCAAUCUCUCCCAGAUGGACGGACUCACCGAGGCCGACUACCCGUCGGUUGACAUCAUCAUCGUCUGUUACUCGGAGCCCGUAGACAUCGUGGAAGCCACCGCUUGCGCUGCGCUCAAUCUGGACUACCCCGCCGAUAAGCUGACGGUGUAUAUCUGCGACGACGGCAAGAAGGACGAGAUGCGCGCCAUGGCGCACAGACUGGAGUUCCAGCGCCGCUACCUCAAGCGCCAGGCGCCGCUGAUCUACGUCAGCAGAACCAAGGUCAAGGGGAUCUCCCACCACGCCAAGGCCGGAAACAUCAACAACCUGCUCCUCAAGGGGGGAGCACGUGGCGACUUCGUGGUCGUUUUUGACUGCGACAUGAUUCCCAAGCGGGAGUUCCUCCUACGAACAAUCCCGCACUUCUUUCGGACUAAGCCUGGCGGGGGCUGGGAGCAGAAGAACCGGGCCGGCUUCUUGCAGACUCCACAGGACUUCUACAACUUGGAAGCCAACGACCCGUUCGGCAACCGCGCCCGCUUCUUCUACGGCCCCAUGAUGCAGGGCCGCGACGGCGUGGGCAGCUGCCCCUGCGUCGGCACAGGCGUCAUCUUCCGGCGCGAGGCGCUCAUCUCGAUGGGCGGCCAGGCGUACGGCAGCAUCACGGAGGACUACAACUCGGCGAUGGGCCUGCUGGGCGGCGGCUUCUCCAGCAUGUUCCUCAACGAGCUGCUCAUCUUCGGCAUCGCGCCCGAUGACGUCAUGACCGUGCUCACGCAACGUCAGCGGUGGGCGAUGGGCAGCCUGCAGAUCCUCUGCCUGGACAACCCGCUGCUCAACGGGGGGCUCACCAUACCGCAGAGUCUCCUCUUCUUCCAGUCGUGCAUACAAUACACUCUGGCGCUGCCGACUCUGCUGAUGGCCCUUGUGCCCAUCCUGUUUCUGUUCUCGGGCAUCUCGCCAAUCCACGCCAAAGUGCACGAGUUCCUCGUCUUCUUCAUCGGCUACUACCUCGCCAACCGGAUCAUGCUCUUCCUCGCUCACAGGGGGGUGCCCAACGCGGGCAUGGAGAUGUGGCGCGGGUCGCAGCAGUGGGUGUGGCUGGUGCCCAACAACCUGGUGUCCUGCUGGAAGGCGUUCUCCACCGAGCUCGCCAUCUUCAAGUUCUUCAAGCUCGGCAAGCUCGGUUUCACCGUGACCAACAAAGACGGUAAUGACGACUGGAGGGAGGCCUUGAAAGUGACGUGGCCCUUUUUCACUUACUACAUCGGGAUGACGGCAGGGAUCAUCUAUACCAUCGUGUUUGUCGGCAUCGGGAGCUACGGCAUCGAGGCUGCAGCUUCCCGAGUUGUGGCUUUCGCCUGGGGGAUCCUCGUCUGCAUGUACAUCUGGCCGCCCAUCGAAGGAUCCCCGCCGAUCUCCAAUAUAAGCUGGUUGCAUGGGGCCAAGCACACGGGCGGCGCCGUCAAGUGGGAAAACGACACGUCACUGGCCUCGCCCGGCUCUCACGCCUCUCCUAAAACCCCCGGACCGGCGCGGCGGCUGUCUUUCCAGCGCCUGAAGUCCUUCGGGCGAAUGCCGUCCAUCAAGAAGCAAAAUGUCGAGGAUUUGGAAGCGCCCCAGAUUGCAGAGGCGAUCGCGAUCGUGCCGUCGACUCCCGGCCGCAACGGCCUCCUGAUGACACGUCAGCAAGUAAUCCCGAUCGAGGAGCGUGAGCUCAGCCUCCUGUACCAGAUGGUCCGCAAAAACGAGACCGGGGGACAACCGGUCGUGUCUCCGGCCUCAAACGCCCCCGCAAUGUCCCCGGUUGAGCUCCCCCGGUCAGCAAUUCCCGAGGAAGAGGAGCUGGAAACGGUAGCGGUAAAGAGCCCGGUUGUUACCCCGCGCGGGAGCCCCACCGAGAGUGACACGUCAUCGGAGCGGUCGAGCAAGAUGGAGCAGUUCAAGAAGAUGCAGGGCAUUAGCCUCAUGUCACUGGACGGCGCAGCAGACGUGGCGAUCGACAUCGCCGACCAAAGCCCUGAGAACCCCAUCGAGGACCCGCGCGCCGCGCACGCGCGCAACCCGCUCGGCGCGCUCCUCACCGGCCGCCGCGUGGGGCCGGCCGCGCUCAACGCCCCGGCCGCGGCAAAAAAGUCGCCCAUCUCUAGGGCACUGGACGCGCUCGCGCUCCCGACCCCACGCGCACCCGGGCCUACUGCGCGCGCGGAGCCCGCGACGCCCGUCAUGCCGUCGCCAAAGGUCGCGACGCCCCCAGUCGCGAUCGAAGAGUAUUACUCGCUCGUGACGCCGCGGCUCCGCGCGCGCACCUCGCCCCAGCUGCGCGCGCGCAUCUCGCCGCAACUGCGCCCGCGUUCGGGCGCGAGCACGCCGAGGAGCGCGCGCGCGUCGCCGCGCGUGAACAACCUGGAGGAGGUCGUCCUGGCGUCGCCGCUGCUCCUCGGCGCGGGCCGGAAGGAGAAGGACUGGCCGAGCGACAACGAGAGCGAGGGAUUUGAGGAGUUCAAGGAGAAGAUGACGACCCGGGCAACGUACAUCGACCACGCGAGCCUGCACGCGCGCCCGGUGUUUGAGCUCAAGGCCGCGAAAACCGCCGGGGGGGAGGGCAUGCGGCCCCACGUGACAUUCGUCGUGGUGAACACGCUGCUUCUGGCCGGUUUCAUUGCUGGGGGGGUGGUUUACGUGUUCAAACUGUCGCUCGACAGCAGCUGGCUGGGCAUUCAUUGACGUGUUGUACCGGCUGGAUGGUCACGGGUUGCUGCCGUUCGCUAAAUAAAAGGCGCCUGAUGACGUGAUAAAAGGCGGAAGAGAUAGACAGGCGUUGCCACGUAAGGAUAAAGAACGGAUGAAGCAAAGAAGGUGGUGCUUGGGACUCACUAAUAACUUGGUUUCCGUCAGCGAAAGCUGGAAACUUUACCAUAAACUUCGUUAAGCACUAGCAAAUUUAUCUGAGUUGAGUCGAUCAAGUAAGUGAUUCGAGGUGCAGACUGACGUCCCCUUAUCACUGCGGGCGUUGCAUCCGCAAAAUAAACCCGUCAACUACUAGACAUCUGAUCAUUUGAGGCUAUUUAGUUGAACCACGUAGCUUCUGAUCAAAGUUGAAACCAAGAUUGUGAAGGUGAAUAUAUAUUCUAGGUCCAGUUUCCAUUUCCGUCAACACGGCGUACGUCUCAAUCAGAACCAGAUUGGUUGAAUCGUAAAGAAUUGGAUAGAAUCCAGGAUCGAGGAGCUGC